GCCACGCGUCAGCAUCAGCACCGCUCCUCUUGGUUUCUGUACAGCCCUCGCUUGUCGUCCUGCACGCCUCUUUCGUUCCCCUACCAAGUUGCAUCUUUACUGCUCACAGGGUCCCUCACCAGCAGCUGCCGACUCUCGUUUGGUUGGAUGGCCCCGAGCAGCUGUUAGCCCCCAACCCGAGUGUCCGUAUCACCAUAUCGCGGUGCGCCCCCCGAGCGACUGUCUCCGACCACCAUUGAGGCUUUGACUGGAAUUCAGCCAACUCCUAGUCGAGACUGCGACAUUGCGAAUCGCCUCUGACAUUGCGCCGCGAGUCUGAUUGACAUAUUCUUGGGCUGGACUUGUUCUUCGCCCGGCCUACUAUCGAGGAUACCUAUCACAACGUGUCCAGCGCAGCGACUGUCCUAGGAAAGGGCAUGUUGUGAAUCGAUACACACAUAGCGGAUGUGAUUUGCAGCACGGCCAUCACCCAUACUUUGAUACCGACGACAUCGCAGCCGUGUUCAGCACAAUGUCGCCGAAGACCGUCACGACCUUCCUCCUCUCCUCCCUUAUCUACAGCACCACCCGUGCUUUCGUUCCUCUGGAUAUCCACCCACCCAUAGACAAUAACGCUUUACAACCCGUACCGUCUGAUCUCGACACAGUCCAUUGGGUUCCUAUCGCAACCCUCGAGCCUAUUUCUAUCACGCCUUAUCCUGCAUCCUCAGUACCCACGCCUACUCCGUCUCCUCUUGAGGAAGAAAAUGAAUACCAUAUUCUCCCCUUGGGUCUCGAUGCCAACGCAGUCCCCGAGCUGAGAGUACGGCAAGUAACAGGCCAGGGUGCAGCCGCUGCCGCUCCGACGGCUAUCAAUCAAGUUAGUCCGAUCACAACAUACUACAUCAACAAGGAGAUUGCGCCGGGUCAAGUCACGCAAGUGCCCGUGGUCUAUACCCAGACUUUCGUACCCAUUCCAGAUCAAUGGUCCAGCGCAGGUGCAGGAACGAUCGGACUGGGGACCAUUUCGGGCACUGUGGGACAGGUGAGGAGCAAGAGAAGUCUACCGACUCAGGCUCCUUUGGCAGGGGAGAAGCCCGUGCAAGAGGGCAGUGUUGACGAGGACGUUCGAUCACCCACUCCAACCCACACGGACGCCGUGCCUCUCGCGGGCGAGCAGAAGGCGGCAGACUCACCGGCGUAUGCCAACGAUGCGCGCCGCGCUCUCCAGGCAGGAACGCUGGCUGUUCUCGCCGUGGGCAUUGCGACGAUGUGCGUGAGCUACCUGUAAAGGCCAAAAACAGGGCGGGCCACCGAUCUGGUCAACAACGUGGUCAACAAUGCGACAAAAGUGUAGAGAACGCCACCAUGGACGGCAAACUUAUGUAUAUAUACCACGGUAUGCUUAGCCGUGGUUUUUUUGUUUUGGGGGAGGGGAGUUUAUUGUUGAAAACAUGAAGCCGAACAAUUGCAUAUAACGCCCAACAGGUCUAUUUCGAGGGGCGAAAUGGAAACCCAAAGGAGUUGGAUGUGGUGGGAAUCAGCCGAGGAAUCUGCGCUUGUGUGUAUAUGGAGUAUGUAGAGCUCUGGACAUUCCUAUCCUGGCGAGGUCAAUGUAUACGGGCUUUUUGGGUACAGGCGAGCCAUGGAUUCGGGCACGAUGGGGUUAUAUAGACGGCAGAUACGUCUUCUAAUGCGACUAUACGAGGUACACGGGAUCUUUUCAAUAGUCGUGAAGCCAUGAAUUAUGCGGCUAUACGCUUCACCGGCCCGACCUAGACGUCGAAGGCAUCCUGAUUGUAAUUGCGCUUCGACUGGCU